CGUAGACUUUUAAAAUGAAUUAACUUGAAAAUGAAAAAAGUAAUUUUAAAGAACAUUGAAUACACGAAUCAUUAACUUCAAAGCAUGUAGUUAAAUAGUCAUCAAGCUAUCAUCAAUUUGUCUCUGCUACUGCGAAAUGGAGAUGGAGGAAGCAGAGAUGAUAGAUCUAUACGAGGUUGACUAUGAAGACUUAUGUUCACCUUCAAGUUCAACCAAAGUGGAUUCCAUAAUGGAAGCCCUAGGGCCCAGUGGGCCAGGCCUCCUCGCCGUCACCGGCGUCCCAAACGCAUCCAACCUCCGUUCACACCUUCUCCCACUCGCUCGGAGCCUCGCUCUUCUCGACCGCGAAACCCGCAAACUGGUUCUCAAGGAGCAUAACUUGGGCAGUGACGUUCCUCUGAGAGACCCUCAUAGGAGUGUGUCCUCCUUCGCUAUGCAACUCAAAUACGCCAACUCUCCACGUGUUGUUGAACAAGCGCCGAGUGAGUGCUGUGGUGAUGAAUUCAAGAAUCUCGCAAGUUCUUUCCGGGAGCUAGGGUUUUGCAUGAUGGAGCUUGGGCUUCGCCUUGCUCGAAUAUGCGAUGAGGCUAUUGGUGGCAAUGAAUUAGAGCAGAGUCUGUUGGAUUCAUGUGCAGCUAAAGGGAGACUCAUUCAUUAUCAUUCACAUUUGGAUGCUAUCCUCCUCAAACAACGUGAGAGGAGCAGGAGAACUAGCAAAAGGAGUGUUAAUAAUGUUAAACCAUUGGAAGGGUUAGAGUCGAAUUCAGCUGCCCCUGAUGCAAAUUCGGGUGGAAUUCAUUCAAAUUUGUGGCAGCAGUGGCAUUAUGAUUAUGGUAUAUUCACUGUUCUAACAUCU